AGUGCCGCUCCCUGGUGGGGGCUGUUCAUGGCGGUUCCGGGGUCUCUAGCAUUUUUCGCGGUUGCAGUCCUAAACCCGUCCGAAGCGGAGGCAGCAGAGUUUGAGGUUCUUGCUGGUGUGAAAUGACUGAGUACAAACUGGUGGUGGUUGGAGCAGGUGGUGUUGGGAAAAGUGCACUGACUAUCCAGCUAAUCCAGAACCACUUUGUAGAUGAAUAUGAUCCAACCAUAGAGGAUUCUUACCGAAAACAGGUGGUUAUAGAUGGUGAAACCUGUCUGUUGGACAUACUGGAUACAGCUGGACAAGAGGAGUACAGUGCCAUGAGAGACCAAUACAUGAGGACAGGCGAAGGCUUCCUCUGUGUAUUUGCCAUCAAUAAUAGCAAAUCAUUUGCAGAUAUUAAUCUCUACAGGGAGCAAAUUAAACGAGUAAAAGACUCAGAUGAUGUACCUAUGGUGCUGGUAGGAAACAAGUGUGAUUUGCCAACAAGGACAGUUGACACAAAACAAGCCCAUGAGCUGGCCAAGAGUUAUGGAAUUCCAUUCAUUGAAACCUCAGCCAAGACCAGACAGGGUGUUGAAGAUGCCUUUUACACACUGGUAAGAGAAAUACGCCAGUACCGAAUGAAAAAACUCAACAGCAGUGAUGAUGGGACUCAAGGUUGUAUGGGGUUACCGUGUGCAGUGAUGUAACAAGAUACUCAUAAAGUUCUGUGAUCAGAAAAGAGCCACUUUCAAGCUGCACUGACACCCUGGUUCUGACUUCCCUGGAGGAGAAGUAUUCCUGUUGUUAUCUUCAGUCUCACAGAGAAGUUCCUGCUACUUCCCCAUCUCUGAGUAGAUCAGUACAAUAUUCUCUUUUUGAGAAAUUCUCAGAAUAACUACCUCCUCAUUUGGUUGUCUGACUAGUGAAAUGCACCUCUUGUUACUCCCCAGUAUUUUUCUGCCCUGGGUUCUCCCCAAACACACACAAACACACCUCUGUCACCCCAGGGUUUUUUUUUAAUCUGAAAAACAACUCACACUCUGAAACAGAGAACCAAACUGUAGACAUGAAAUUCUGUUGAAAACAGUGUCUUGAGCUCUUAAGUAGCAACGGCUGGUGAUUUUUUUUCUUUUUACUGUUGAACUUGGAACUAUGUUAGCUUUUGGAGAAAUGUCAUAAAUUACUGUUUUGCCAAGAAUAUAGUUAAUGUUGCUGUUUGUUCUGUUUGUAACGUAUCAGCUAUAUUCUAUAAAUUGGCAUCUGCUCUGUAUUCAUAAGUACAAAAGUGAAUACUGACUUUUGAGUCUAUCCUAGUCUUCUCGACUUUUGUGUAAUUAAAUCCAAUUUUCAUAACAAAGUGCCUUUUUCCUAGAACUGGUUUGUAGACUUCUUUUACAAUAGUUCAGUGGAAUAGAUGUCUCAGAAACCAUUAUACAUGAAAAUGAAUGUCUAAGAUAUGUCUAUGACUUACCUACCUUUGAGGGAAAGCUAUACCUGUAUGAUAGCAGAUGCCAUUUCUUACAUGUAUGAAGUUGGUUUUCCAGAGGCCUGUUUUGGGGCUUCCAGGAGAAAGAUGAAUAAUUACACUUAAUUUUUACUUAAUCUCCACAUUUUUUGUAUGUUACUACCUAUAGAAUGUAUGUAAUUUGUUUCUUCUAGCUUACUGAUCUAAUGUUUAAUGAACUUCCAUUUGUAUUCAAAUUUGGGUUAUACCAGAAAGCUCUACAUGUGCAGGUAUUCAAAUAUUGUAAAAAAUGUGGUGCGGUGUUAUUUAAUAGCUGUGAUCACUGAUUUUAAAAUCUCAAAUAUAUUAACAAAUUACAUUUUUACUGCAUAUCAUGGUAUCUUAAUGAUAUAUAUAAUUGUCCUCCAUUCCCUUACCCCACCCUUUGCCCCUUACCCCAUAGCGAUAGGGGCUUGUUUAAUUAUUUCAGUUGAGUAAAGUGUGGUGCUCAUGGAUCGGGGUCACAGUUUCAAAACUUGAACGAGCCAGUUAGCAUCAUGGAGAAAUUCUUCUGCGUUCACUCAUUGCACCAGUAACUCCAGCUGAUAAUUUUGCUGGAUGCCUAGCGCUGCAAGGAAAAAAGAGGUCAGUUAUCAUGAGUCCUUUACCACCUGAGGAAGGUCAACUUAGAAGUCUUCAUAAAUAUUUAGACCCUUUUUUCAGCCACAUGGAAACUCUGAAUUAGCCAAUAUUUUUUUUCAUUUGUGAAUGAGGAUGCCUCAAAUCAAAUAGUGUUUUAAAUUUUCUUUAUUUAUAAUGUUCUUUGAACCGUUUAAACAUGUUGAUAGUCUGUGCGUACCAGAUAACAAAGCUGAUGAAUUUGUUCAAAAUUAGAAGUAGACUUUGGAUUGAAAUUGUUUGAGACAAAAAUAGAAAAUAUAAUUAUUUGAUAGUUAUGAGGAUUUGGAGGCAUGGCAUUUCCAUUUGCAGAUAAUACCCUAGUAAUUCUAAUGAAAAAUAGACUUGGAUAACUUUUGAUAAAGACUCAUCUCAAAAUGGCCAGUUUCUAUUCUGGUCUUCUAAUAUCUAAAUACUUACUUAGGGUCCUCCAUCUUCUAAUAUGAAUUUUCAUUUAUUAAGCAAACUCCACAUUGCCUUGAAAUGCAUUUAGAAGAAAUGAAGAAAUGUACUAUGCCCACAGUAUAAUAAACCCAGAGAGUUGUGCUCCUUACUGCUAAUUCUGGGAGCUUUCACACUACUGUUGGCAUCUGUAAAGGGAAACUCUGCCUCUGUUUUUCUGCUCCUUUUGGAGUAUUGCUCUGUAAUCUUCUUGAGGCUAGAUUGAGGUUUAUUACCUCUGUAGAGUUCUUUUUUUAAUUGUGUAUGUGACCGGCAGUGUGACUUUUUCUAAAAGGUCGUUAAAUUUAAUAGGUUAGGGAGAAAGAUAGUUAUUCAUCAUGGGCUCUUGUGCCCAUAGCCCUUGUAUUUAUGUACCUUAUAGUUUCAAGUGUGUUCUAAGCACAGAAGUAUCUUAAUGGGGCCAAAAUUCAGACUUGAAAAUGUUCUUUUAAUAGCUUCUUAAGAAGUGACACUUAGAUGUGAAUUUUGGCACAAUAAAGUGACAAACUUAUUGUUAAAAGCUGAAUAAUUUCAGUGUGGUAUAAAAUGUGGUUUUUAGAAUUUGUUUGUAGUUACCGAACAUAAUUCUAGUUUACCUCAAACUCUGAAAGUCUCAUUCCCUAAGUUAAGUGCCUGGCCAGCUGUCAUAAAUUACAUAUUCCUUUGUUUUUCUAAAGAUUGCACAUUCAAGAGUGAAAAUGAUGUGUUCUGUCUAAAGACUACCAUGCCUAAUCUGUAAAUGAAUCUGUUAAAUGCUGUAUUUGCUCCUAUAUAAUUACCAUAGGAUGUUACUUGGUAAUACAAUAUCAUACUCAUUACAAUUUUCGCUUUAGGAGUAUAAUAGGUAAAAUUAAUCUCAAUUUCAUUUUAGUGGGCCCCAUGUUUAGUCUUUCAUCACCCUUUAAACUGCUGUGAAUUUUUUGUCAUGACUUGAAAGCAAGGCUAGGAAACACUUUAAAGAGAUAUUUUGAAUUUUUUCUCAUUCCAGAGAAAUUUGUGGGCAUAAUCAUAUUUUGCUUUGUAUUUACAGUCAUGAACUCUUAAGCUGGCAGCUAUAACCUAGAACUAAAAAACGGUGCAUUCUGCUUCUUGUAAUUCAUCUCUGCUAGUAAAUAAUAAGCAGGGAUAAUUAAUUAGGCAAAAUAUUUUAUUUGGAUAGUUUUUAUAAGCAAGGGAGUAUAGUUCUUGUACAUUAUUUUUCAUCUUUGCUGUUUCUUUGAGCAGUCUGACAUGCCACAAAAUUAUCUUAACGUAUUUGUUUUCUAUAAGAAUUGUCUUAAAAGUGUUCUCAUUAUCAGAGUAGUUGUAGAUAUAUUUCAAAACAUAAUUGGUGAUUUUUAAAAGCCUGAGUACUGCCCUCAGAAGCAAUUAUUUGAACUCUACUUUGGAGGAAAGGGAGGAUGUCAAUGGAAGUUGUAUGACUUAUAUUUCUGUGCCAUCAAAUAUAGGUGAAAAUAUCAAUUGUGCAAUUCUGCUGUUUAAAUGGGAACUGUUGGCCUCCUUGGCCCUAAGUGAAACAGCCAAUAUUUUAAGUUGAUUAUUUUAUUGUAAAUUAAUCCAUCCUAAUUUUUUUUAAUUUGGUUGAAUGUUUUCCUUGUUAAAUAAUGUUUAAAAAAUAAA